CUAAAAUAUGUCUUCACCUCAUAUCAACUCAUAGUUUGGGGAUAAUUACUGGUUCAACCAGUUCAUACCGACGACGCGUCGACUAGAAUCCGAACUUCAGAGGUGUUUCUAUGAAUGGAUGUGGCAAGUCUUUAUGUACAUUUUGUAUUCAACAUCCAAAUCACUUAAAACACUCAAGUCAAGGUAAAGUCAGGUCAAGGAGAGUUUUCAAAGUUACGGCCAAGGGUAUCUAAUUCACGAUUACAAGGAGACUAAACACAGACCACGGCUGAGACAACAACAUGGCCGACAUCGACCUGUCCUCCGUUCGAACCCCAGCUCUUGUACGGAACCUGAACGACAUGCGAUCAUCAGGAUGCUUGACUGACGUCAUACUCCAUGUUGAUGGUAUGUCGUUCCCUGCCCAUCGAAACGUCCUAGCGGCAGCCAGCCCGUACUUUAUGGCCAUGUUCACCAAAGGGCUCAAAGAAGCCCGGAAGAAAGAAGUUCCCAUCUACGGUGUUAGCAAGGAAACCAUGGCUCACGUUUUAGACUUCAUUUAUACCGGGAAAGUUUCACUCAGAAGUGACAGUUACAAAACAGUACAAGAUCUUGUCCAAGCUUCGGACCUACUCCAGAUUGUUGACCUUCACCGUGUAUGUGAAGAGUGGCUCGUCAAGCGGGUCGUCCCGGCAAACUGUAUCUCUCUGUACCUCCUCGCGCGCACCUACAACUGCACGGAGUUAGCUCAAGCCGCCCAGUGGACGCUUGUUUCCGAUUUCUCCGACGUCAGCAAGGGGAGCGAAUUCCUUAAUCUAGAGCUGUCCCAGGUAAUAGAACUGGUAUCAGACGAAUCUUUAGUUGUACAUGAGGGCGCGGGCAUUUUCGAUGCCUUGGAGAGAUGGGCAAAGCACAAUGGCACAGACGGAGACGGUGUCGGCGAACUCAUUAAGUCUGUGAGGUACCACCACGCCCUGGAGCUUAUGUGCUCACGACAGAAGGUGUCAGGGAACCAGGUGCUCAGAGAUAUUGCAACUGCUACAGAAGUGUACAAGACAGCUGCCCAGGUGCAGGUAGCCCUGACGAAUGCAGUGAGGAAUCCACAGUCGCUUGGACUCAUCUCAAGAUUACCAUUCGGUACGAGGAGGCCCGACAUAAUUGUCUCUGCGUGUAAAAGUCGCAUUUGUGACGGUCUGCAAUUAUACGAAGCCCAUACUAAGACCAAGUAUCGCCUUCCCACGCCCUACCUCGCCACUGAAGUCAGCAUCAUCGUGUCACAGGACAACAAACUGUAUGUAGCCGGUGGAGUUCUGAAGGAUUCGACUGUGAAGGAUUUGGGUACGAACGUUAAGGUCAGGGCCUCUGCGAACUUUUAUGUCUAUGACAGUCUUCACAACAGAUGGUGGGAAAAGGCGCCAAUGCAUGUUACCAGGUUUGAUUUUGCACUAGCUAGCGGUGGCAAACAUGUGUACGCUAUUGGCGGCAAGUCCUCUCCAGGCGGCCAAGCGUUGGCUGAUGUCGAAAUGUACGACCCCGAGAAAAACACUUGGCAUAUGACGGCACAGCUUCCCUGUGGCCUGAAUGGUCACCACGCUGUUACAAUAGACCUCGACAUUUACGUCCUGUGUGGUUUCGACAGCCCGAGAGGCAAAGAUGUGUUCUGCUACCAAACGUUGACGAACACGUGGACCAACGUUGCACCAAUGCCUGCUGUAAAGAAAAUCCACGGCGCGGCAGCUGUAGGUGGCAAGAUUUACACGGUACUAUCGUCCUGGAAGAAUUCAUCUUGGACGCCGACAACCAUGGCGAUGUACAACCCCAAAACGGACAAGUGGGAGGAGGAUGAACAUUUCUUUCCAGAGGAGGUAGAAGUGGCGGUGGGACCGGCGGCUGUGGAGGACAGGCUGUAUCUGUGCUGUACGGGAGGCUUGUACGUUUUGCAGCCGACAGGCUUCCCGUGCCCGCUGGACCAGUGGCGUCUGCACGACAAGAACAUUCUCCCGCCUCCGGGACAAGCAAGCUUCCACGUCAGGGCAGGAUGCGCUCACAUCGAUGUCGAUGGGUUAGACGUUAUCGCUUAGUGACGGAAUUAGCUCACAAAAGUGCAAGUGCAAGCGAUUAUAUCUCUGACAAUUAAAGACCUGAAGCACC